AUGUCAGAUAUGAAUUCUCAUUUCCAGAGCAGCCCCAAUGCUGAAGGGUAUUUUGGUCGGUAUGGUGGCAACCAUUAUCCGGAAGAACUUCGAUCUGCGCUGCUGGAAUUGGCCAGCAGCUAUCAGGAGCUUCACCAAUCGCCAGAAUUCCAGGACGCUCUGAGUAAGGUGCGGGUUGGACUUCAGGGGCGGCCGACCCCAAUACACUACCUCGAACAUAUUUCAAACCAAGUCGGAGGCGCUCAAAUCUUCAUCAAAAGGGAGGAUUUAAACCACACAGGCGCACACAAGAUCAAUCAUUGCGUUGGCUUCGCCCUACUCGCCAAACGAAUGGGUAAGAAGAAACUAAUUGCCGAGACGGGGGCCGGCCAGCAUGGCGUCGCACUGGCAACUGCAGCUGCCUAUUUUGGCCUCGAAUGCGAAGUUCACAUGGGAGAAGUUGAUGUUGGCAAACAGAGCUCGAAUGUUGGUAAGAUGCAGCUACUCGGCGCGCGCGUGGUGUCAGUAGCGACUGGUCAGUCUGCUCUUAAAGAUGCUAGUGAUUCUGCAUUCAACGCGUACGUCGAGCAGCACGAACACGCGCUUUAUGCAAUCGGCUCGGCUAUUGGUCCACACCCUUUCCCAAUGAUUGUUCGCGACUUCCAAGGUGUAGUUGGUCGGGAAGCGCGCGAGCAAUUCGUUUCCAUGAAUGGAAGCCUGCCUGAGCAUGUGGUUGCCUGCGUUGCUGGUGGUUCCAAUGCGAUGGGAAUAUACACGGGCUUUAUCGAUGAACCGGCCGUUGUUUUACAUGCGGUGGAGGCUCUUGGUACGUCUGAUGAGCCAGGCCAACAAGGCCAGCAUGCGGCAACGCUAUCAUAUGGACGACUGGGCACAUUGCAUGGCGCUCGAUCGAUUGUGAUUCAGAAAGAUGACGGUACACCUGCCAGUGUCUCAUCCGUAGCAUCAGGGCUAGCAUACCCUGGCGUUGGCCCGGAGAUUGCGAUGCUUCAUGAAGCCGGCCGGCUAUUUAUCGCAGGAGCUUCAGACAAGGAAGCUGUCAAUGCAUUCUUCCGGAUGUCAAAGUUCGAGGGUAUAAUUCCUGCGUUGGAAAGCGCACAUGCAUUAGCCUUUGCGAUCCGAUUGGCGUCACAGCGCCCUCCAUCCGAACGGAUACUAGUCAAUCUCUCAGGGCGCGGCGACAAGGACGUUGAUUAUGUGCUUGAGAACUAUACCUCGGCAGGCUAG